AUGGCGACUGCCGCAACUAGUCCACCUUCACUCUCGCAACUUCCCGCACCUCACUCCCAUCUUCAACCUCAUCUUCAACCUCACCUUCACUCGCAGACUCUCCCUCUCUCCGCACCGACGCCCGUGGAUGCUCUGGUCGCUCAACUGUCGACCCCUCCUCCAGAACCACAACCGCAAACACAAUCCCAGAUCUCAAUUACAAAACCACCCGCGAGCAAACCGCCAUUGCAUUCCGAGUCCAUCACCUCGUUCAUCCCGUCGCCGAAUACCGUAAAGUCGAUACGAACGAACUACAAACAUCGGCAGUCAUCUCUCUCCACCAGCUCGACCAAAGGCAAUCGGCCCUCGAUCUUCAACUUUGCUACACUGGCUCGCGAGAAGACCUCGAGUGCACUCGCAAGUCUAUCAGAGCCGACCCUGCGGACACAACCCUCGUCUGGCAGUCUAUAUCUCUCGGCGCAGAGUUCACCCAGCUCGACCUCGCCUAGUCGUACCAGCCCUCGAUCCCCAAGUUCACGGGAAACAUUGAGAUCAGUCUCGCCCAAUUCUCGGACACCCACCACCUCGGGCUCUUUGGCUAGCACGCAAACCGUCAACUCUACCAAUCCAAGUCUGUCUCUAUCCGAAACGAACCCGCCCUCACAGGCGUACACCAAUACCAGCAGCGAGACAGCCCAACCCAGAUCAACGGUACCCAAACCAAGUCACAACAAGAUGCAUCAAACAUCCUCGCGCUUGUUGCGCAUGACCUCGGAUGACAGGCCAUUCACCAGGGAUUUCAAAGAUCUGUUUUCCACUCUGGUUGUUAGUCUGCCAUUAGCACCACACCGUGUUCGAUUAACGAGAGUCGAUCAUUCGUUCAUAUCAGAAGAGGCGAUUAACAAUCUUGGCUCCCUCAAAUUCUCCCAAUCGAACCGUAUGCCGGAUCCUAAAGACCCGUCACGCAUCGUGACCACGACGACCACUACAACAUUUUCAAUGGCUCGUGAGAUGGCAAGGUCGGUAUGUCAGCGAUUUCUGGAUGCUAGGUUCGUAGAGUCGGCCGAUGGCAAGCAGGCCAAAGAGUUCACCAUGAAGAGUUCUGUCUGGCAAUUGACCCCCAAAGGCAUACAUGUGCUGGAACGGUUCUGUGCAAGAAAUGGAAUUCAGCAGAAGCACGUCAUGGAACUUAUCAGCUCUCCCCGCAAUACCAUGCGGCUGGUGAUUCUUGAGAGAGAUUUAGCAACGGACAAGCUUUCUUCAGAUCGCAGUACUAUCGAAGUAAUUUUCCGCCGGUUUGUCGGUACUAAUGGUCCCAAUGUAAAGAGCAGCACUAGUUCUGCAGAUUCUGACUCUUUGAGCGAAUACAAGGACGGAAUCGCGGGUGUUCGUAUGGCUAGCGAACGCAAAGUUGGAUCGCCACCAAGAGUAGUUUACCAAACCUUCACCGGUAAGGCCGCUACAGACUGGUUGAUGGACUGCUGCACCACGGUUGACCGACGAGAAACUACGGAAAUGGCAACUCUAUUUUUGGAGCAGGACUUGAUAUGGUGUGUGCAGGCAGAUAGAGUCUAUCUAGCACAAACAGGACAGGAAAAGGAAGAGAAAGUGAGAUUUCAACCAACGAAGCACGCGAUUUACCAGCUCUCGCAGAAGGGUAAGGACGUUCUUAGCAUGAAUAAUAGAGAGCGAACAUCCGAAAGCGAGGGUACCACUCAAAUUACACGACCUGGUGGUGUGAAUCGCGAUUCCAACACACAGAAAUUAGAAAAAAUCUUGAACGACGCUGCAUUGAGACUUCUCUUCAGAGAAAACCUCCGGGACACGCAUUGCGAGGAGAAUCUGUCAUUCUACUUGGAUGUGGAUGAGUUCCUAGCUUCUUGCCGGUUAGCCAUCAAGGCCAACUCUCCUAGCAGGGCAAGUAGCAGCAGAGGUACAUCCGGACAGAGCCUAGAUUCAGUCAAGGAGACGAUGGCUUCAGCGUAUGGUAUUUACAAUGCUUUUCUGGCUCCAGGAUCUCCUUGCGAAUUGAACAUCGACCAUCUUCUACGCAACCAGCUAGCUACAAGGAUGACCAAGGCUGUAGGUCAAGAUGCUGCGAUGAUCGACAGUUUGAUUGAAGUCACCGAUCUUUUCCAGGAAGCUCAAGCGUCGGUCUUCAAGCUCAUGGCUAGCGACUCUGUACCUAAAUUCAUGAAAAGCUCCAAGUACGAACAAACGCUCAAGAACUAUGACUUCGACUCCCUCGCUGGAAGAUUCAAAGAAGGCAUGCACCUUCCCGAACGGAGCAUGAGCAGGUCGAACCGAUGA